AUUUCAGAAAAUGAAAAAUCAGGACAAUUGCUCUGCUAUUCCAGUGAAAAAUAUUUGUUAGGUAUUCCAACACUGAAUGAUAUAGUUGCGGAAAAUAAUGAGGGAUUAAUUGCAAUCCUUGACAGUACUUUAUCCAGUUGUUGA